CAUUUGGUUGGGCGUCGUAGCCUUGCGCUUCGCCCAAAGCAAAAAUUUAUUUCUGCUCUUCUGGAGAGGGAGGGAGCGAUCCGUUUUGAAGCUAUCCACACUCGCCGCCAGAGCGAAGAGAGAGAGAGAGAGAGAGAGAGGAAAAGGGCUUCAGGUGGUCUUUUCUUCCAAUUGUAUAGCAAACUUUGAGGGUCAAGAUUUUAUGAAAUUUGCAAGUGGCAUUCUUAAGAAUAUUUGGCUGGGACUGUGACCCAUUUCCUUUGCAAAUUCAGUCUGAGCUUUCUUAUCUCUUGUAGUUCCAGUUUAUUCCAGGAAUUUUCCAUAAAGUCAUGACUUCUUCUGUGCACAACAUAUCUGAUGAUGGUGGACCUGAUGAGCAACAAAAGCAGACACAACCUGAGGUCCAGCAUCAAGCUCCUGCAACUGGAAACUUUCGACCUGGCAUGGCAACACCUGUUGGCUACAUGAUUUCUCCAGGUCAUCUUGAAGCAGGACAUGCUGUGGCUCAGGUUGCUUACCCAUUUGUUGACCCUUACUCUGGAGGUGUUUUUGCUGCUUAUGGACAGACGGUGAUGCAACCACAAAUGAUGGGGAUGCAACAUGUUGGAGUGCCAUUGCCAACUGAGGCAGUUGAAGAACCUGUAUAUGUCAAUGCAAAACAAUAUCAUGGUAUAUUAAGGCGUCGGCAAUCUCGAGCAAAAGCUGAAUCAGAAAAUAAAUUGAUCAAAACUCGCAAGCCUUAUUUACAUGAGUCCCGCCACUUGCAUGCUGUAAAGAGGGCUAGGGGAUCUGGCGGUAGAUUUCUUAAUUCCAAGUCUCAAGGGAAUCAGCAGAAUUCUAAUUCCAGGUCUGAAGAAAAUCAACAGAAUGACGUUGCCUCACAUGACAAGGUCCAGCCAUCCAAUUAUCCAGCUUCCGAUAACUUGUAUUCUCAGAAUCAGCAGCAUGCUGCGGUCUCUGAUGAUAAAGAAAAACCUGUUAAUUUGCCCAACUCUCUUGGACAAUGAGCCAGAAGCAACAUGUAGUCUUCUCUUGCAGGAAUAAGACGUUGGAUGAUUGGAAGAGCAAGUGGCUUUGUAUAGUGUCUGCGGGAACAGUCUCCGGUGGGAAACUAUAUUUAGAGUUUUUCUCAGGUUGGGUUGUAGCCCCGCAAUGAUAAGUUCAUUCCGCCUUAGGAGAGUUUAAUGUGCGGUUAGCUGACAAAAUACUUCACAAGUUCCUGUAAAGUAGAAGCAUGGAUUUUUAUUUUUUUUUCCCCCUAGGUUUUUACUGUUCGAAUAUGUAUCUUGGACUAGGUGACUUUGCUAGGUAAUUACAGUGAAGAUUUCUUGUGUUCUAUAUGGACA